AUGUGUCACCUCAGGGAGCACCACGAGGAGAUGCUGUAUGUGUAUGAGCUCUGUGGGAGGGACUUCCGAUACCCCACGUACCUGCAGGCUCAUAGCAGGAUCCAUGUUGACCUCAAGAAGGCCUUUAACUGCCCUGAGUGCGCACAGAGGUUUCAGUAUCCCUGUAUGCUGUGUACCCAUGCUAAAGUGCACUCUGGGAUGAGGCCUUUCGCCUGCGAGCAGUGUGGGAAACGCUUCAGGGCUUGUUUGGACCAGGAUAAGCACAGCCGGACCCACACUGGAGUGAGGCCCUAUGACUGCAAGCAGUGUGGGAAAAGCUUCAGGACCCGCUCGACUCUGCUUCAACAUAACCUCAUUCACACUGGGGAGAGGCCGUAUGACUGCGAACAGUGUGGGAAAAGCUUCAGGACUCGCUCGAAUCUGCAAAACCACCGCCGGACCCACACCUGGGAGAGGCUGUAUGUCUGCGAGCACUGUGGGAAAAGCUUCAGUACUCGUUCGGUGCUGCAUCAGCACAGCCGGAUCCACACCGGGGAGAGGCCGUAUAACUGCGAGCACUGUGGGAAAAGCUUCAGGUAUCGCUCCAAUCUGCAUCACCAUAGCCUGAUUCACACUGGGGAGAGGCCAUAUGACUGUGAGCAGUGUGGGAAAAGCUUCGGGACUCGCUCGAAACUGCGUAUGCACAGCCGGACACACACUGAGGAGAGGCCGUAUGACUGUGAGCAAUGUGGGAAAAGCUUCAGGACUCGCUUUACUCUGCUUCAGCACAACCUGAUCCACACUGGGGAGAGGCCAUAUGACUGUGAGCAGUGUGGGAAAAGCUUUAGGACUCGCUGGAAUCUGUGUCAGCACAGCUUGAUCCACACCGGGGAGAAGCCGUAUGACUGUGAUCAGUGUGGGAAAAGCUUUAGGAGUUGUUCGGACUUGCGCAAGCACUACCGGACCCACACUGGGGAGAGGCCGUAUUACUGUGAGCAGUGUGGGAAAAGCUUUAGGAGUUGUUCGGACCUGCGCAAGCACUGCCGCACCCACACUGGGGAGAGGCCGUAUGACUGCCCCUAGUGCGGUGAGGCAUUCUGGCGUAGCAACUCAAGGGCCGAGCACAUGCGCAUCCACAAGGGCGAGCGGCUCUACAUAUGCCCACUUUGUGGGAAAGGUUUCCGAAGCCCGGGCACCAACCAGAGCCAGCAGGUGACGCACACAAUCCAUAGUCGAUUUCAGUGUCCUAAGUGCAAUAAGGCGUAACACAAUCACUCCUACUUCAGAGACCACCAGCAGACGCACAAGGCGACCCAGCCUCUCACCCGCGGGGACAGUGGCAGAGUUUUCAGCCACCCAAAAAUCCUCUGCCAGCCCCUCAGGAGGCAUGUCGAGGAGCAGCUGUUUGUGUGCCACAACUGGCAGGGUUUUGGCAGUGUUGCAACCCUGCACACGCCCGUCUGCUGAACUCACACUGGGGAGAACUGCUGGACGUAUCUUCUGCCCUAUGCCAGGAUAGUCUCCUGGUUUUCUACCAACCUGUGGGGCAAGAAACCUUGGGGUUGCAAGAGGGUGUGUGGUGCAACUCUGUGCCUCAAUUUCUUACCCCCCCUCCCAAAGCUCAGGGUAAAGCCAUUUCUUUCUUAAAUCAUGUUGGGGCUACAAUGAUGAUGCUCAGGAAUGACUUGAGAUUCUGUUCCCAGCAAGUUAAUCCUGGUGGUUCUAGGGGAUCCUGUGGGAUGCCGGCAUCAAAACCUGGGUCAGCCACAUAGAAGUCCAGUGCCCUACCUGCUGUGCUAUUGUGGUCAUUUGGACAAUAAUCCUCCUAGCUGCUUAUACCCAUGCAUCUACUUACCCUAGUGUGUGUAUAUAUACAGAUGUUAGUG